UCUAUUUAUUGCUCACACAGUUGAAUAAUUGAACAAUUGUUCUGAAUUGUUGGGAAGUCAAGGCGGAAGGACGUUUGUGAAAAUCCCGAUUAGUGCCGGCUUCUUUGUGGGUCAAAAAACUAAAAGUCCCAUAUCGACAACUAAACAGCGAUCAAAUCAAUCAGUCCACCAAAAUAUGGAACUUCAAACUCAAGUCUCGCCGAAUUUUUCUGCAAAGCGGUUUCUCCUCGGUCUAUGACGCCAUAGAACAAUGGCAAUACACACCGGGACACAGUUCAACGAUGACCAUCUGGAAAAAAGGUGGGCGCUCCAGAAUAUGGAGGGCAUAUCAGCGAGCCCCCUCUCUGGAGUCUCCUUAUUUCAAAAUUGAAUAAAUGUCCCCAUCUCUCCCCUCAUCCUGCAACAUGUCGUCCUCCCAGAACCUUCACAACCAACCUCAAGAAUACGAUAUGGCAAAUCUUUCAAAGCAUGAUGGGCUUCGCCCAAAUCCUAGUCACAAAGACAGCUCGAAUUCCGAGUUACCGGAUUUGAAGCAAGAAGAGAAUCGAACACCACCCCAUGGACGAGUAGCAGGAGGUUCUUUCCUGGAGUCGAUGCGUGGCAGUGAUAGUGACAAUGCUGAAGAUGGACCUUUGAAAGAGGUUAAUAUCAACAUGCCAGAAACUCGCACAGAGCUUAUCACCAAAGACGGCGCGGAAUAUAUCGUCCUCCACUUCACAGACAGAGAUCCGGAGAAUCCAUUCAACUGGCCCGCAGGAAAGAAAGUAUUAAUCACACUUUUGCUCUGUAUGAUGACACUUUUCAUCGGUUUGGCAACAACGGCAUAUAGCAGUGGUAUCACAGCCAUGUGCGAUGACCUUGGUGUUUCAACGGAACUUGGGCAACUGGGACUCUUUUGUUUUAAUAUGGCUUGCGCACUUGCACCAUUAUUCCUAGCACCCUUUUGCGAGUUGGUCGGUAGAAAGAUAAUUUACAUCGGGGCUUAUGCCGGAUUCAUCAUCGUUUUUAUUGGUUUGGCUCUCGGCAAAAACAUCGCAACCAUACUCGUUAUGAGAACAUUGAGUACUACUCUCCUCAUACAAGGCUUAUGAUAAACCAAUGCUAACUGUUCAUAGGUGGAUUUUUUGGUUGUGUUGGUACGAUUCUCGUAGGUGGAACCUUCAGUGAUAUGUAUACACCUGAUUCGAGAGCUGUCCCAAUGGCAUGCUUCGCAUAUGUAGCAAUCUUGGGUACGGUCGGCGCGCCAAUUUACGCCGGAUUCAUCGAUCAAGCAAUUGGCUGGAGAUGGAUUGAAGGAAUUCAAGGGUUAGCAAACUUGCCUCUUCUUGCUGCAAUCCUUAUUUUCUUCCGGGAAACUAGAGGUGGUGUUGCAUUGCACAAACGUGCCAAGAGUCUUCGAGCUGCAACAGGCGAUGAGCGGUACAAAGCAGAGAUGGAUUUGGAGGCAAAGGACUUGAAGGAGAUGCUUCACAAUUCUUCCGUCAAGGCCGUCAAGAUGCUUGCCACGGAACCUGUCGUCUUCGCCUUUGGAUUAUGGAUCGCUUUCGCCUGGUUCGUCACCUUUCUGUUCCUGUCGGUCAUCCCAAUUACCUUUGAAGAACAUCACGGCUGGAAUGAAGGUGUAGCUGGUCUGCCAUACAUCUCCUUAUGUAUUGGUGUGACCAUUGCCUUUGGUUUAAACUUUUUCCAGAUUAAGAAAUACAAGUCGAUCAUGGCAAGUCAUGGAAACCAUGUUGUUCCAGAAUCCCGGCUCUACGGCGCGAUGUGUGGUGCUUGUUUCCUCCCCAUUGGGUUGUUCAUAUACAGCUUCACCCAGUAUGGCUUCAUUACAUGGGUUGCGCCUGCGAUUGCACUUGCACCAAUCUCCAUGGGUAUCUUCUUCAUUUUCGAGUCCACAUACAGUUACACUUCGGAUUGUUAUGGUGAAAAUAGUUCCUCCGCGAUUGCUGGACAGGGCUUGAUGCGUAACGCCUUGGGUGCAGUGGCACCAUUGUUUGCAAGCCAAUUCUUCCAUAAUGUCGGUAGCCAAUACGCCGGACUUAUCCUCGCAAUUGCUGGUACUGCCUUGACAUUCAUUCCUUUUGUCAUGUUCAAAUAUGGACAUCUUUUGCGAGCCCGAUCCAAGCUUGCUAAUACCCAGAAGGGAGAUCAAGAGCAAAAGGACAAAACCGGUCUUUACCCAGCUCCUUUUGUAUGAACUAUUCAAGGGUGAUGUCGAUUUCGAACAAAUGAUGGAAGCUGGUCGGUGUAACUUGAUGGUUUCCUGGUCUGGGUGGUCUUUGGGUCUUUAAUCAGUGGCUGGAUUCGUCCGCCUUGAAUGGACUUCCGAGUUGUUCUCCCACACAGUCGAAAUUCCAACCUUCUUCUUAUUAUUAUUAUAUAGUGUAGCAUAGCAUUGCGGGAUACAGGUGUCAAUUUUUGGAUGAAUUUCGAUCGAAUUUAUGAGGAACAUCUGGCUGGGACGGGAAAUAUGCAUUAGCUGGCGUUGAUAAAUGGGGAAGAAACUGUACGAUACCAAUGAAACUGGAGCUUCUGAAUAAUGCAUUUACUAUCCAUUGAUUCUCUGUCGCUCAAUCCACUCUUGUGAUAUUCUUGCUCGACUGUGCAGUUUCGAUA